CAUUUAUUUUUACAGAACUCUUUGCUUAUUUACGCAUAAUUUUAAUAAUAAAUCAUCGACAAAAGGUUCGAGAGCGUAGCUUUACUAAAAACACUAUGGGUCAGAAAAUAUCUUCGAGCGAUGGCAGAUCACCACUGCGACAAUUGGCAUUUAUUGAACCGAUAAUAUCACGAUCGGCAUCCCGACAUCAUUCUAGUGGCGGCAGCCAUGGUGGAUCAACUGCACGAUCAAAUAGACGUUCAGAUUCCGCACCAAAGCACAAUGGCAGACGUCAUAGUCACCGUGAUCCUCACCGAAGAAACCAUCAUAGACAUUGCAAUGGAAAUCAUCUCUCUGCGUCUGGUGUAGAACCAGAAUGUCCGCAUAGGUUAGACGUUCUUUUGGAUAUGCCACCUGCAAAUAAAGAAGACCAGCUUAAAAAUGGAUGGAAUUCGGAAGAUAAAAGCAUCAAUGUAUUCGUUAAAGACGACGAUUUAACUAUGCACAGGCACCCAGUUGCCCAAUCUACAGAUGGUGUUAGAGGCAAGAUCGGGUUUUCCCGGGGACUUCAUUGCUGGGAAGUUUCGUGGAACACGAGGCAACGUGGCACGCACGCUGUCGUUGGGGUCGCCACUGCUGAUGCCCCUUUGACAUGCGUAGGAUAUCGAUCACUAAUUGGAUCUAACGAAAACUCCUGGGGUUGGGACUUAGGCCGCAACAAGUUAUACCACGGCGGCAAACAUCACCGGGACGAAAAAGCUGGCGGCAGCAAAGUUUAUCCCACUUUCUUGGACGCUGACGAAAACUUCGUCGUUCCAGAGAAGAUCCUUGUCGUUUUGGAUAUGGACGAAGGUACCCUAAGUUACGUCGCUGAUGGACAAUAUCUUGGCAUUGCUUUCUCUGGCUUGAAAGGCAAAACAUUGUACCCUGUCAUCAGUUGCGUCUGGGGCCACUGUGAAGUCGGAAUCAAAUACAUCAACAGCUUAGAUCCUGCACCAUUGCCUCUUGCUGAACUCUGCAGAAGACGUGUGAGAAUGUCUCUCGGUAAACCAAACCUUCAUAAAGUUGACGAUUUGCCUUUACCAAACGCCGUAAAGCGAUACAUCAUGUACCGAUAGUUCGUCGUGGGAAUAUUCAUGCAAGUGUUCCGAAAACUUAUGGUGCUGACAGUCCAUGUAUGCAUCCACUGUUCAGUACUGUCGCCUUCGAAGGCGAUGCACCAUGCCAUAUUUGCACACAAGAUUUCGCCGCGUUCCGGUAUGCAGUGAGGGUCUGCGGUAUUUGGCCUGCCCAGACGAUUUUAUUUUCAAGGAUGGCGAGCCACGGGAUAGGUUUUCCAGUGUAAAUUUGGUUUUAUUUAUGCGAUCCCUUCUGAGAGUAGUGCAUGGGAUUCACUGUUUUUAAAAUGUAUGUGCCUGUUUUCACCCCAUGAAAUUACUAUUAAACUUCGGGCAGGUAUUGCUUUUGUGCUCUGCCUUAUGAUUUUAGUGCAAUAUUUCUUGACGGUAAACCGUAUUAAAAUAAGCUUGCGUUAGACCAACUCACACCUAGGCUAAUGUCUUUUGAGUGUUCAACUUUUUCUUAUUUCUUUCCGUUGUUGCUAUUCCUAUUUAACCGUUUUAUUUACGAAACUAUUUGCCAUUAAAUUAUGAAUUAAGUUA